UUUUAUAGUGCAAAGGGGAAGAUACUACAAUUGACAGCCUGUUGACUGUUGGUAUAACUUUUUCAUGGAAGUGAAUGUAGAAACUGGAUCGAUCACCGAAAACUCUCUUAAUUUUCUUUGUGUUGCUGCGUGUAACAUGAAGUAAUGCUUUGAAACAUACAAAUUGGCGCGCCAAAUUUACAUCUGUCGUUUUCUCAAGAAAGAAAAUACUUUCGAAGAUCUGGUUUUAUUUUAAUAUUUACUCACUGAAAGUCAUUGCGAUGUAUAUUAAGCAAAUAAUCAUAGACGGCUUCAAGUCCUACGCUCAGCGAACCGAGGUCAAUGGCUUUGAUCCACAAUUCAAUGCCAUCACUGGUUUAAACGGUAGUGGCAAGUCAAAUGUUCUUGAUUCUAUUUGCUUUUUGCUUGGUAUUUCAAAUCUGCAACAGGUUCGUGUUAGCAACCUCCAAGAAUUGGUCUACAAAGGUGGUCAGGCAGGGAUCAGCAAGGCUACUGUAACAAUAACAUUUGAUAACUUGGAUAAAAAACAAAGUCCAGUUGGAUAUGAAACUUUUGAGGAAAUAAUUGUAUCAAGACAGGUUGUUAUUGGUGGCAGAAAUAAGUAUCUCAUCAAUGGAUGUAAUGCCAACAAUACUAGAGUCCAGGACUUAUUUCGUUCUGUGCAGCUUAAUGUGAACAAUCCACAUUUUCUUAUAAUGCAAGGGAGAAUCACUAAAGUGUUGAACAUGAAACCACCUGAGAUUCUCUCAAUGAUUGAGGAAGCAGCUGGUACUCGCAUGUACGAAAGCAAAAAACUCUCUGCUCAAAAAACUAUUGUGAAGAAGGAAACAAAACUGAAAGAAAUUGAGACGAUUUUGAAUGAAGAAAUUACUCCAACUCUAAGAAAAUUAAAAGAGGAGCGGUCAUCUUAUUUGGAAUAUCAAAAAACAUUGAGAGAGGUUGAACAUUUUUCCCGAUUGUACAUUGUCUAUCAGUAUGUACAAGCAGAGAAACUGCAGAAAACGUCGGUUUCUGAUUAUGAGAAAAUGACCAAUACAAUUAAGUGUCUCAAAGAGAAGUCUGUUGAGAUUGAUAAACAUAUAAAAAACCUCAAUAAAGAAAUAGUAGAACUGGAAAAAAGAAGAGAUAAGGAGUCUAGUGAAGCUAUAAAACAACUUGAAGAAAAAGCAAAUGAAUUAUCAAAGGCUGAUGUUAAAGCUAAUUCCGAUGUGAAACAUGCGAAAAGUGAACUUGAAGCAGAAAACAAGAAGAAAAAAUCCUUAGUCAAAAGUCUUACUGAUGACCAAAAUCAAUUGACACAAAAAGAGGCAGAAUUUCAAAAGAUGUCUGGCAUUUUAGCGGAACUAAAAACGCGAAGAAAAGAUGCAAAAAGUGUGCAAAGUGCUCAAGAUCAUUUUCAUGCCGUGUCAGCUGGACUUUCGAGCAAUGACGAUGGUGAAGACAAAACUUUAGCAGAUCAACUUCUCGGUUGCAAAAACGACAUCAGUAAUGCCGAAACUGAAAUGAAGCAAGCAGAAAUGAAAGUGAAACAUGCCCAAGAAGAAUUGAAGAAGAAACUAGGGGAACUAAAGAAAACUGAAAAAGAUUACAGCAAAGAUAAAGUUCUGUUUGAGAGCAUCCAAAAAAAUGCCAAAAAACUCGAGAUUGAAAUCGAAAAGUUGAAUUAUGAAGAUGGGUUAGAGGAAAGCCUGGUACAGAAAAAACGGGAACUUGAAGCUGAAGUCGCUGAGUUGCGCACGAAAAGCGAGUUACUUGAGGCCCGGUUUCCGAAUUUGCAGUUUCAAUAUACAGAUCCUGAACCAGAUUUUGACCGUAAAAAGGUAAAAGGUUUGAUUGCGCAGUUGAUCACAGUGAAGAAUGUUUCAACUGCCACCGCUCUUGAAGUCGCUGCUGGAAAUAAGUUGUAUAAUGUUGUUGUGGAUACUCAAGAUACGGGAAAGAAAUUGCUUCAAAAAGGUCAACUCAAGAGACGAUACACUAUCAUACCACUAAACAAGAUUGCUAGCAGGAAAAUCAAUUCAGACACUAUAAAGAAGGCCAAGUCUUUGGUGGGUGAGAAAAAUGUGAAUCUUGCUUUGUCGUUGGUUGGUUACGAAAAAGACGUCGAAGCUGCAAUGUCAUACGUUUUUGGUGCUAGCUUUGUUUGUGACACUCAGGAUAAUGCGAAGAUGGUAACAUUCAAUUCGGAUGUGCGAACUCGAUGUGUCACCUUGGAUGGAGAUAAUUUUGAUCCUGCGGGUACUUUAACUGGUGGUUCUCGUUCAAAAAACCCUUCAAUUUUGGCGAAGCUUCAAGAGCUCAAUGAGGCAGUUCAUGCGUUCUCUACCAAAUCCGAGGAACUGCAUGAAAUAAUGAAAAAUCUCGAAGGAUGCAAAGAUAUAGCUGGAAAAUUCCAGCAAUUGAAGCAACAGUACGAUUUAAAGAUCAAGGAGGCUGAAUUGAUCGAAGCCAAACUCAAGCAAAGCUCACAUCAUCAUCAACUCGAAGAAAUUGAUUCUUUACAGAAAAUUGUCGAGGAGCAAAUAGAAAUAGAGAAUAACGCAAAAAAGACCAUCAAAUCUGCGACCGAAAAGAGCAAAGAUAUAGAAAAAAAGAUGAAGGAGGCAAAAACACAUCGUGAAAAAGAGCUAAAGAUUGCUGAAAGAGAUUUGAAUGACAGAAAGAAAAAAUCUGAAGAAUCUACUAAAGAAAUGAAGGAUAAAGAACAGAAAGUUGAGGAACUAAAGCUGGAAAUUGGUGAAAUUAAAACUGAAUUACAAAGCAUUGAACAGCAGGUUGGUAGUGCUGAUGAAGUUAUUAACGCGUUGGAAAAGAAAAUUGAGGGGCUGUUAACGAUUGCUGAAAAUUCCAAGCAAUCAUGUAAAGAGGCUGAAGAAUGCCUGAAAGAACAGAAGAAAACGUUACAAGCUUGUAAUAAGGACAUAAAUACAAAAAUAUCAAGUAGGAAGGAAAUGGAAAAUGAAAAUAAUGAAAAUGCGAUCAAAGUCAAGGAAAUGGAGCAUAAAAUGGUGAAGUUUCAACAAGAUAGCAAAGAUGCAGAAAAUAAGGUUAAGAGAAUGAUCGCCGAACACGAGUGGAUUGUUUCAGAACGACAGUUUUUUGGUCAACCAAAUACAGCGUACGACUUUACAGCUCAUGAUAUGUCAGAAGUAUCAAGACGAUUAGCGAAAUUACAGGAAACUAAAGAUAAACUUAGCAAGAACGUCAACAUGAGAGCAAUGAAUAUGCUGGGCAAGGCUGAAGAAAAGUACAACGACCUCAUGAAGAAGAAAGGAAUUGUAGAGAACGAUAAAGCAAAGAUUGAACAAGUUAUUGCUGAACUUGACGAGAAGAAAAACGAAGCAUUGAAAAAAGCUUUUGAAAAAGUAAACUUGGACUUCGGUUCUAUAUUCUCCACACUCCUCCCGGGUACGUCUGCAAAGCUUGCUCCACCUGAGGGUCAAACUGUGCUCGAUGGCUUGGAAGUAAAGGUCGCAUUCGGGUCAGUCUGGAAAGAAAGUUUAGGAGAACUAAGUGGUGGGCAAAGAUCGUUGGUUGCUUUGUCUUUGAUUCUGGCGAUGUUACUGUUUAAGCCUGCACCUCUUUAUAUCUUGGACGAGGUUGACGCUGCAUUGGAUCUUUCGCAUACACAGAAUAUUGGUCAAAUGUUGAAAACCCACUUUAAACAUUCACAGUUUAUUGUCGUCUCCCUUAAGGAUGGCAUGUUCAACAACGCCAAUGUUUUGUUCAAAACUAAGUUUGUUGAUGGAGUAUCCACUGUUACGCGUUACGCACAGAAUCCAUCUAGUGCACCACAGAGAGACACAACUGGAAGAAGACCACAGUCCACAACUGAUAGAAGUAAGAAACGAAGAGUUGAGCCUAGUUCAACGCAACCUUUGUCAGUAAAACAAUAACUUUAAUAUUGUUGAUAAAAAGGAAAGAUAUUCAUGCUCUCAAGUUUAUUUUUUAAUAAAUUUCAUAAACAGGUUCACCACUGUACAUCCCAUAUGUAAGUAUGAUAACAGAGAUGAAUAUAUUACAAUUGUUGAGCUUCUAAGAUUGUAACAGUUCAAAAAUGUAACAGUUAUUAUCUUGAACUUA